GUUAAAUAAUAAUACCGUUCCAAAAUACUUUACAUGUCCUUUUGUAAAAUGUCAAUAAUUUGUUAAUUUUCUAUUCGUACAACUGUUCAUAGCAAUUUAAAAGCAGUAAUGCGUACUGUUAAUUGGAAACCAUGACUCCCGCGAUAACUUCAUAUCGUAUAUAACCUGAAUGUAUUUACGUAUCUAUUUCAAGUACAAUAAGAUUUAAAUAAUAGAUUGUAUAUAUCUACGAAAUGGGGUUAAUAAAAUAAUUAUGACGAAAUGACGAAUGUUAUUUAUUAUGCUCAUUGCAUGGAUGGAAGCUAUAAAAGAUCAAAUAAAUAGAUAAAAAUGUAUCAAACGCAAUUUUAGAAAAAGUCACAGUAUGGAAGAUUUAAAGUCUAAAUUUUUUGGCCUCAUUAAUAAACAGAAUGCAACCAAGAUUCCACUUAUGGGCUUACAUCCAGAUCUACUGAAUCCAUCAGAAUCUCAGAAACUAGACAAUGUACAAUCAGAAGCUGAUCAAUCGACAGGAAAUGAGCCUAUCCCUGACCAAGAUAUAUUAGAAUCCAUAGAAAAAAUUUAUUUUAAUACAGAUCACAAUUUUGAUGCUUGUAGAUACGAAUUAGAAAAGCUACCAAAAGUAUUGCAAUCUGAGGAAAUCGAGAAAUGUUACGAAAAAUUGAAACAGCAGCAUCAGGUUGUGUCAAAUAAAGUCUUACAACUUAUUUUACAAAAGCAAACUGCUUGUAAGAAAGAGUUUGAAAAGAUCUUGUUAAUACAAGAGCAGUUGCAAGAUGUAUUAGAAAUAUGCAGAAUGGGAAGAGCAGAUCUGAAAUUGGCUGAAAGGCAGUUUACAACAGCUAGUUUAGGAAUAUUAGCAAACUAUCAAAAAAGACAAGUUGUAGAGGAAUUAUUAAAUAAUUUAAAUACAAUAAAAACAUUGCAACGUACAGGAGAUCGAUUGCAAGAGCUACUAAAUGAAAAAAAUUAUCCCAGAGCAAUCUCAUUGCUUUUAGAAUGCCAGAGUGCUGCACAAACUUAUAAACACUUUCACUGUAUUGCUGCUUUGAAUGGAAAGCUGCAGGACAUUUUAGAACAAGCAGAAGAAGCUCUAGAUGUUACGCUCUCAAGGAUGUGUACACAAUUUGAUGUGACAAUAUACACAUCCAUACAAGAAGCUUAUACUCUGUUAGGAAAAACACAGUCUGCAAUGGAUCAACUGCAUAUGCACUUCACUGCUGCAAUUCACAAUACUGCUUUUGCAGUUGUUCAUUCGUAUGCAGGUGGUGAUACAAAAAGGCAAUACAAACAGCUUUGUCAAUCGGUUCCUCGUGAAAAUUGCAUUGCUUGUCUAACAGAAUUAUGUAAAUCAUUGUGGACAAUAUUGAGUUCUUACUAUUUAAUAGUAAAUUGGCACAAUACUCAAGAAAAUAAAUUUAAGUCUGAUGUUAAAGAUGUAGAAGAAACUUUUAAUCAACAAUAUGUAAAGCAUAAAUUAGAAAAUAGUAUGAUUCGAGUAUGGCAUGACGUUGAAAUAAAAAUAUCAAUAUUUUUAAUGAAUGUCGAUUUAACUUACAUUAAAUUUGAACAAUUUGUACAAGUUUUAGACAUAGUUAACAGAUUAAUAGAAAUUGGAGAAGAGUUAUGUGGCUUCAAGUCGGAAAACUUACAAGAAUCUAUAAGAAAACAAUCCUUAUCAUAUUUUUCCCACUAUCAUGCAUCAAGAUUAGAUGAACUUAGAAUAUUUUUAGAGAACGAUGGAUGGGAACUAUGCCCUGUCAAACCCAACUUUGUAGCAACACAAUUACAGGAAUUCAAAAGUCUAAAACCAUCGCUUAAUAGUUGUAAAGUUUGGAACAACAUGGACAACUCUAACGUUAGUGAAAAUGAUAGUACUAUGGGAAUAGAAUGGAUCAAAAAAUAUUUGGAAGGAGGAACGUCUCCGUUUGCCAUAGGUUCGGAUGACACGAUGGAUGAAGAUAUAUUGUUAAAUAGUGAGGAUAAUCCGCCAGCCUAUUUUUCUGAUGAAUCCGACGACGACAUUCCUGACGAAUUAAAACGUGAAUACGUGGAUGAUUCUGACCAUAUUAAAACAAAUAAAAAGAAAUGUAAACUGAAACAAUCGGGACCCAUGGUUACAAAUACCACGCUAAGCAUAUUGCGUAUUUGUGGAAAGUAUUUACAAAUGUCUAGACUUCUACGUUCAAUCGCAGUCACUGUCAUACAAAGUAUGAUACAAUUUUAUGAAUUAUGUUUUUAUACUGUACAUUUGUUCUUCACCUCAGACCUCCAAAUAAAUAGCGACUCUUUGUAUAGCCCAAAGUUAAAAUUAUCACUGGCAAGAAUUAAAGAGAAUUUAAUUAUUUGUGAAAAUGAUACAGAAGAUAAUAUUCAAUUAAAUUCAGACAAAGUGCGACAACCACAACUUUCUUCCAUCGUGAAUUUACGCAAGCCAGAAGAACUACACGGUUUGAUGGAACGUAUCGUGGCAGUAGAAUCUCUAAUAUUUUUAGGACAACAAUACGAGAGCCUGAAACCGUAUCUAGAACAUUUAAUCGGUGCUAGUCCACAACGUGGUUUCCUUCAUCAAUUUUAUAUGCAAACAAUAGCAUCAACGAUAGAUUUAAGGAAACCUGUAUACAUGGCGGUUGCGUCACAAGCGUUUGAUGUAGCAAAUAUCCUAAAUUUAAUGAAUAAGGUUAACUGGGAGGUGACGGAUGUUAUGUCACAACAUAGUGGAUAUAUAGAUUCGUUACUUCAGGAUAUAUGUGUUCUAAAUGAAAGAUUGAGCAACAUUGGAAGUUGUCUUCCUUUAGCAGAUGAAGUAUAUAAUGCUGUUUGGGAAAAUAUUGCACAUUUAAUCACUCAUACUUUAGUAGAAGGAUUCUCUAAUGCUAAGAAAUGUACAAAUGGAGGUAGAGCAUUGAUGCAACUUGAUUUCACACAGUUGAAAUCAAAAUUCGAGAUGAUAACUGGUCUCAGACCAAUGCCGCAUAGAGAAUACGUGGAGUCGUACAUUAAAGCUUAUUAUCUCCCAGAAAAUCGUUUGGAGAAAUGGAUAAAAGAACAUAAGGAAUAUUCUAUUAAACACUUGAUUGGUUUGAUCUCUUCAACAUGUCAAAAUAAUAAAAAAACUCGGCAACGUUUAAUAGCACUUAUAGAAGAACAACGACCAUCUAGAUAGCAUAAAGCUAUACAUUACAGUACAUCUCAAGACUAUGUUGAGAUAGAGAUUACAUAACAUACCAUUUUUUUUAAAUGACUAAAAGGAAAUGUAUUUUUUUCUUGUAAAUAUUUAGAAAGGUUUCCUUGCAUCUCUGAACUAAGCUGAUUUAAUAAUUCUUCAGUUUCUAUAACAUGUUUUGUUCAGUUAUCAGUAAUGGUGUUAUGCAAAUAGAACAUAGUUUCAUAAAAUUGAAGAUACACGUGAUAAAAUUCGAGAUCUUUAAUUCUAAUCUUGCAAUGAUACAUAUAGUUGAGUAUUAUUAAACAGUUAUACGAAUCUCACACAAAAUCUUUUAAGUAAAUUCAUAUAAUAUACUGUUAUUAAUAGUUGAAAAUUUUUCACCCUUUGUUAUCAUUGGAUGUUUAAAAUUUAUUAGAAUCUCUAGCAGUAUUAACCAAGAUUCUGAAUAAAAGAUAUUAACAUAUUUUAACCUUAAACAUUAAUGUUACUUAAUCUGUUGAUAGAAGAUAUUUUAUAUUUGAUUUUUUAACAUAAUUAUUAUACAAUGUAAAUAAUUUUUUUAAAUACAUAUAUACUGUUAUGAUUUAGUAUCUUUAAUUAUGCAGUGCUCUCUUCCGAAUUGAAAUAUUUAUCGAGAUACAUGGAAUCUUAUAUUUUGAGACAAUACUGUUAUAAUUUAAAGGUGUCUUUAUUAUACAAAUAAUAAUAAUAAUAUACAAGUACAUAUAUUUUUUCUGGGUUUAUCGGUUUCCAAUUUUGUAAAAAUUACCGUUAUUUAUCUAGAAGUAUUUACUAUAGCAUUAUACAUACUGUAUAUUUGUAUUGUAUAUUUUACUUCUACUAGAAACCAAAAAAUUCUAUUGCACCUCUUCAUUUGUUAAUCAUGAAAAUAUUUUAACUGCGGGUUUUCAGUAACAUUAUUUCCUUAAUAAUUACUAGAAAACUUAUUUGAAAUAAAUAUUAUUGAACACGUGUAUUGUACGAUAUGUAUUGUAAUAUAUUUCAAACGACUUUUGUAAAAUAAAAAAAGAUGGAAGAUUCUUUUGUAGACCAGAAUGUAACUAAAGUGACUUGUUUACCGAUUAACGUAAAUAUAAAAAUUCAGUUAUGUAGGUGCAUCGAGAACUCUCUGGUUAGUAGUGUAAGUCAGCGUUUCCUAAUUCUGAAAUUUAUGGACCGUAUUGUUAACUUUGUUACUAAUAAAAUGACAAUCGCACUUCCUAAGUUUACGCAUUAUUUCCUGUAAAAGACAUAUGAAAUAUUGUUGAAUUUUUGUUUCGUUAAUUGUAUAAAAUGAACAACGGUUCAUGGAGUAGAUGUUAAGAAACGCUGAUAAUUUAUCGAAGUAACCGAUUUUCUUCUUUACUCCAAAGCGUUUUAUAUCGAGCCCUCCAUUCUGAAUGGCCCCUGUUAAAACAAAUUGUUGGAAAAUAUAAAGGAUAUACGUCUAUGAAGAACCGAAUGAUACUAAAUGCUUAUUCUGACAAUAAAUUUAGCUGAAAACGUUAUUUACUAAUAUUAUGCUGAGUUGUGAGUUUUCAAGCAAGAUUGGAUUCUUAUGCUAUAAAUGCAUUUAUUAUUUCAUAGUGAGCAGAGAAUGAAUAAAUAUAUAUUGCUAUUAGAUGACCUUUACUGACAAAAUAUCUGCUUCAAAUUAUUUAUCAUUUGUAGGAUUCAUUUUACUUCAGGCUUUGGAUAUUUAUCAAAGAAAAGUGUACUCUAUGGUUAUAAAAUGU